AUGGCCCCGAGGUACCGCCGUGUGGCGGUCAUUGGAACUGGUCCCUCAGGUCUUGCUGCUGUACACGCAUUAUCGCAGGAGAAGAGUUUUGACAAAAUUCGAGUCUUUGAAAGACGGGAUAGAGUGGGUGGUCUGUGGCACCUUGAUCCUACACCCGAUGUCUUUCCGGCUUCAUGGCGAGUGCCACGCAGUGUCACGACUCCAAGUACAUUUCCCAGCUUCAACGCACCCGCAGAACCGGACCCAACUGCCAGGACGGCCAUUUAUCCUGGCCUUGACAGCAACGUUGGAGCUCUGGCCAUGGCUUUCACCCAUACGCCAUUUCCAGAGGUCAACUCUGCACAAUCUGUAAAUCGAUUAGGCCCGAAUAACCCAAGUCGUCCGUUCGAAGUGAUAACAGGCUGGCUUGAGGAUCUUUUUGCGCCAUAUCUCCACCUGACCUCUCUCAGCACGACUGUGGAGAAAGUAGAGAGGAUUGGUGACGAGUGGGUAUUGACCUUGCGCAAAACAGAUCUAUUGCGUCGUGGCAAACCAAGUGACUAUUGGUGGCAAGAGACCUUCGAUGCGGUGGUCGUUGCCACUGGUCACUACAAUGUCGCCAACAUACCGAAUAUCCAGGGUAUUGAUGAGGCUGUCAAAGCAUUCCCUGAUGCAUUUGAGCAUUCCAAAUCAUAUCGUUCAGCAGACAAGUACGUUGGCAAGAAAGUUGUGAUUGUUGGGGGAAAUGUUUCUGCAUCGGACCUGAUCUCAGAUCUUCAUGAGAUUGUAAAGGGGCCACUAUACCUCUCCAUGCGCGGGCGGAAUGAGAGGCUCGAUUCAGUUUACAAUCUGCCAAACGUGAAGAUCCAGGCACCUGUCAAAGCUAUAUCGCCCAUUGAUGGCAUUACUGUAACCUUUGAAGACGGUACAAGUGUGUCUGGCAUCGACCACGUGCUAUUUGCAACAGGGUUCCGUCUCAACUACCCGUUCCUGACCCCCAAUCCAGUGACGGAAUCAAACCGACUGUCUCGAUUCUAUCGACAUAUUCUGAACAUCGACAAUCCAUCGUUGGCAGUGGUAGGCCAAUGCCGAGCCGCACUCUCGUUCCGCGUGUACGAGUACCAAGCUGUUGCAGUCGCGCGAUUCUUUGCGAAUCACGAAAACAAGCCCCUCCCCAGCGUUACCGAGCAGAAGGAGUGGGAACUCAAACGUCUUGAAUACAAGGGCGACAGUGAUCGUUUCCACGAAAUAGCGCCCGAUUUUGACGAGUACUUUAAUUGGUUACAGGAGUUCUCAGGGAAACCCGCAGUUGGUACGGACGCCUAUGAGCUUCCACGCUAUGAUCCUUCCUGGGAGACUCUUGGGCUUGCAAUUUUGGGAUUGAAGGCGCAGUAUUUCCGUGACCUCACGCAGAGGAAACAGGAACAGCAGUUGCGGGCAAAGUUAUGA